AUGGACCGGGUUUUGCGCGAGAGCGUCGGCGAUUACUCUAGUCUCCUUGAACUGGCAGACCAAUAUCGUCACAAAGCCGACGAGGUGGGCUUAGCCCGGGCUUUUCUAUUACAUGCCGUAAGAUCUGGCAUGCUCUUACAGUAAGUAUUGAUUAUUUUGACGACUUUAGAAUGUAAUUGAACGUUGCUAAUAGAAGAAAAGAUGGGUGAAGCGACAGCCAGACCUUCUGAGCGCAACAGAACCCAAGCCACAGGCACUCGGUAUUUCAGGUGGACUCACAAACCUUUCUACCCUAGCAAUCUCUAAAGACUUUGCAUCUCUAUAUGCCGCAGUCUUGGAGGCAGCACGUAUGUUUGUUAGACUAUGCAGGUUCACGUCAGUGAGAUCAAGGGCCAUGGAGGAUCGUCCUGGUGUGUGGGGCUUGGCAGUAUUAGGCAUAGCGCCGGAUGAGCUUAGCAAAGUGCUUGAUCAGUUUCAACAAGCAAUGGUAAGUAAAAAAAGGGGGGGUUCGUAUGCAAUUUUGACUAAUCGCUUAUCCGUAGGGCGUCCCCCCUAUCGAAAGAGCAAAAGUUGGUGUAACAGGAGAUCGUUGGAGCACUGUUAUUGGGCCACCAAGUGUCCUAGAGUUUGUCAUCCACAAAUGCCCGGCGUUGAAAAACUUGCCCAAAAAUGAGUUGAGCAUUCACGCUCUCCAACAUGUAGUCACUGUGUCCCAGGCGGACCUGGAAUGGAUGGUUGGGGAUUCGGCACUGCAUAACAUCCCAAUUCUCCCCGACUUCAAUGUCUGGGGUAUGGACGAGCCUCACGCAGCUUAUGGCUGUUGGGGAGAUCUGCUCCGAGCUGUGGUACUUCAAGUGUUAUCAUUGCCGUUGGAUAUCAAGAAGGUCAUCGGUCAGCUCAAUACCUGGCUCGGCACUGGUAAUGUCCAUUGUGAUGUGAAAGUCAUUGGCCCCAGCAGCCAUUUGGGCUACUUAGCCAGUGCCAUGAAGGGCGCAGGAAACACAACAACUCUUCACACUGACAAGUCACUGGAGGGUACUGGCCUUCCCAAAUCAGACCGGAUUGCCAUUGUUGGAAUGACUGGAAGAGGGCCAGGCAGCGACAACCUUGAGGAGUUCUGGAAUGUCAUUAUGUCAAAGCAGGACCUAUGCAGAGAGGUUCCGAAAGAUCGAUUUGACAUAGAAGAGUUCUACUGCGAGAAGCACAAUGACACAUGUAACAGCCACUCGAUUCGGUUGUUUCAUGGACAAGCCAGGGAAUUUCGAUUCUAGAUUCUUUCACGUAUGACCAAGAGAAGCAUUAUUGAUGGAUCCAGGUCAUCGGCAGUUUUUGAUGAGUGCCUACGAAGCUCUCGAGGUAGCUGGCUACUCUGAUGGACCUGAUGGUCAAACGAGAGCAGUAGAUCCCAAAAGAAUUGCAGCCUUCUAUGGGCAAGCGAACGACGAUUGGCAUAUGGUAAGCCACUACACCCUUGGUUGCGAUGCGUAUACCCUGCAAGGCGCGCAGCGUGCAUUUGGUAAGUCCCUGGAUCUUCACUGAAACUGUCUCGCCUGCUGAUGCUUGUGUAUAGGAGCUGGUCGAAUCGCUUAUCAUUUCGGGUGGGAGGGUCCAACCUAUUCGCUUGAUUCUGCAUGUGCAUCCUCUGCAUCUGCACUCCACCUUGCAUGUAUGAGCUUGCUCACCAAGGACAUUGAUAUGGCAGUUGUAGGGGGAGCCAAUAUCACAAACUAUCCCCAUUCCUGGACCAGCCUCAGCAAAUCCGGCGUCCUGUCUGAUACAGGCAAUUGCAAAACCUACCGGGAUGACGCAGACGGCUACUGUCGAGCCGAUUAUGAGGGAUCAAUUGUCGUAAAACGACUUGAGGACGCCGUAGCUCAGAAUGACAACAUCCUAGCGGUGGUUGCUGGCUCUGGAAGAAACCAUUCUGGUAACUCAACUUCUAUCACAACGUCCGAUGCUGGUGCGCAGGAACGGUUGUUCGAAAAGGUAUUGCGCAAUGCAAGAAUUUCACCACAAGAUAUUUCGUAUGUGGAGAUGCAUGGCACUGGGAACCAAAUAGGGUAAGCAACUUAUGCAGAAGCUUUUGUGGGCCAUAAGUGCUAACAGGCAUCAGUGAUCCAGCUGGCAGUUACAAACUUUUUCAAGCAUCGAACAGGAAUUGAGCCCUUGGUAGUUGAAGGUGUCAAGGCAAACAUCGGUCACAGUGAAGCGGUAAGUGGUUACCAAAAUCGGAUUUUGGGUUCACGAUCUAACGCUUGGGUCAUAGGCUGCUGGUAUGGCCGCAUUGCUGAAAUGUUUGAUGAUGCUUCAGGUAUGUUAAGCUUCGAUGGAAUACUUUUAUAGUAACUAAAUCGUUCAACAGAAAAAUAUCAUCCCGCCGCAGUUUGGAAUGCCAAACACCCUUAAUGCUAAUUUUCAUUCUCUUGCCGAACUCAACAUUGAAAUUCCCUGAGCCCAAAGAAUUCAAGUCUGUUGACCAUAAGCCGAGACGCAUCCUUCUCAACAACUUUGACGCAGCAGUAAGUUGUCCCAAUUCACGAACAAAAUAGCUCCCUUGCUUACGAUGUCUUCAACCAGGGGGGGAAUUGCUGUGUUGUCAUUGAAGACUACAUACCUGCCGCCAAACAAGGCUUAGACCCUCGACCUAGUCACGUCUUUGCGACCUCCGCGAAGACCCAAAACUCUUUUCAUGCAAACAAGCGCAAUCUUGUCAAGUCGCUACGAGAAAAUCCAGAUGCCAAUAUUCAAGGUAUCGCCUAUAGUACUACUGCGAGAAGGAUGCAUCAUCCUAUUCGAUUUGCCUGCUCUGCAUCAACAACCGAGGAGCUCAUUAACAAGCUCGAGCUAGACGUGCCAGAUAUGGCACCGACAAAAGCUUCACCAAUCGUUUUCGUCUUCACCGUACAGGGGUCUCACUAUGCCGGUAUGGGGAGUGAGUUGUAUGCUACAUGUGAUACCUUCCGCGAAACAGUGGACUUGUGCUCGAGUAUUUGCGAGGAACACAAAUUUUCUGCUUUUGCUGAUAUCAUCAUUGACAAAAAUGUCGAUUUUUCAACCAAGGAUACGAUACAAACACAACUAGCUGUCGUUACGUUGGAAAUUGGCCUUGCUGCAUUUUGGAGAUCGUGCGGCAUUCAACCAUCCAUGGUCAUGGGGCACUCUUUGGGAGAGUACGUAGCUCUCCAUAUCUCUGGGGUCCUUUCGCUAGCCGAUGUGCUAUAUCUUGUUGGCCAUCGAGCUCGAAUGUUCCUAGAAAGAUGUGAGGCUGGUGCUUGCGCUAUGCUCGCAGUCUCGGCGCCGGCAGCUGCUGUUCAAGAUAUGCUCGACCAAACUCCAAGCUCCUCCUGCACGAUCGCUUGUAUCAACAGUUCGAAUGCUACUGUUGUCAGUGGGACCACCGAUGAUGUUGUGGAACUUCAAAGAACUUUGACUUUGCCCCCGAAUAUUCUUGCGGUUGACUACGGCUUUCACUCCUUCCAGAUGGACCCUAUGAUAAAUGCUUACAUCUCUCUGGCAGCCGGUGUUACCUGUUCGAUUCCGAAAAUCCCGGUGGCAUCAACCGUCACUGCUUCCAUCAUAGACACAGAUGGUAUCUUCAAUGGGCUUUAUCUAGGCAGACAAACUCGACAGCCAGUGGAAUUCGUGGGCGCACUCAAUGCGGCUUGAAAACGAUUUCCCAACCCUCUCUGGCUUGAAAUUGGACCUUCUCCAGUUUGCAGUUCUUUCAUUCGGUCGACACUUUCAAUAUCUCCAAGCAAGAUUCUUCCGACCAUCGAGAAAGACACGAAUCCUUGGGUAUCUAUCUCUAAAAGUCUUGCUGGAACUUACAACAACGGUAUUAACAUCGACUGGCUUGCGCUAAAUACCCCGUUCACCGACGGGUUGAAGCUAUUGAACCUACCAGCAUAUUCAUGGGACAUGAAAGACUAUUGGAUCACCUAUACCGAAGCGAACGAGAAAAAGAAGACACUAGCUCCUGCCGAAGCUCCCACAAGCCAAAUAUCAACUUGCGCACAAUAUGUUGUUCAGCAAUCGUCAUCACCAGAGCUUACAGUAGUAACAUUGGGGGCUUCGACGGACAGUCUGGGGUUCAGCGCUCUCAUUAAUGGCCAUCAAAUCCGAGGAGUGUCCAUUGCCCCAGGCAGUGUCUUCUGCGAUGCGGGACUAGCUGCUGCCAAAUACAUACUCCAGUCUUCUGGGAAGGAAAUUGCGGAAAAUUCAAUAUUGACGAUCAGGGAUGUGUCUCUCAAGCGGCCAUUCACCCAGGCCUCGGUUGAUUCCAAAGGAGAGCUGCUUACGACGGCAGUGGUGGACCGCUCUUCGAGCGAUUGGAUUGGAAUAUCGUGGAAGGCUUCUUCCAAAGAAAGCUCUUUUAAUAUUGGUAACUGUACAGUGGUUGCUGUUGACGCGCUCAAUCUCCAGGCUGACUGGGACCGAGUUUCAUACUUUGCCCAAGCGAGGAUGAACGAGAUAAUCAGAAGUGUCAAGGAAGGAUCUGGACAUAGAAUGCUGAAAGACGUCUUUUACGCACUCUUCUCAAGGACAGUCAAGUAUGCCGUACACUUCAAGCUUAUCAAAGAAGCCUUUAUAUCUCUCGACUUUGAAGAAGUCGUGGCUGAGGUUGUCCUACAAAAUGAUCCUAAAGGGACCCAUUUCGCAGCCUCGCCCUACUGGGGUGAAACCCGCGUCCACCUAGCUGGCUUUCUCGUCAAUUGAAAUCCCAUCCAGUCUUCAGAGACGACAUUUAUGAUGGAUGGAUUCGAAAGUUUCGAACAGACUGCUGACAUCGUGCCAGGAAGACAAUACCUCACAUACGUUCGCGUUUCCCGGAGAGAUAGUGAUACGACAACCUGCGAUGUAUAUAUCUUUGAGUCCAACAAGCUUGUCAUGCAAUGCUCCCGCCUGCGUUUCCACGAAGUUAGCAAUGAAACCCUGGACCGACUGUUGGGGAAAGUGGUUUUGGGGAACCCAUCUAUCAAACCACAGAUUCCAAGGAACCUUACCACAAGCCCCAUACCUACCACCAAAAAUAUAGUAUCUAUCAAACUGGAGAGUACACCCAAAAAAGAGGAAACCCAGGUAAUCGCUGAGGAAGAAAAGGUCACCUCGAGCACUGGCGUCUUUGAAAUCAUCCUCGAUAGUAUCGCAAAGGCUACCGGGACCAAAAUCUCCGAUCUUACUGACGACAUACAAUUAGCCGAAUUAGGUAGGUCUUCCCUUCAUCUCUUCGUAGGAUAAAUAGAAUUCGCUAACUCCAACAGGUGUGGACUCUAUCAUGGGCAUCGAAAUAGCCGCCCGAGCAAACAGCAGCACAGACUCCGGCCUCACCCCCUCCUUCAUGCUCGACUAUCCCACCAUCGGCGAACUACGCAACCAAUUCUCAGAUCACCGACGAUCCUCCUUAUCUGCUGCCUCGGAAACAUCUAGCUCUGAUUUCUCUUUUGUCGAGCGCACCCCCGAGGGCACUUCAGAAUGCUCCAUGACCGAGGAAGAAAUUGCGUCCAAUCCCUCACCAGAGGACGACGAUUCCCCCGCUCCAAACACAAGGGUCAUCCUACUACAAGGUCGACCAUCCAGUGGAAAACAGCCAUUCUACCUCAUUGCCGAUGGCACCGGUAGUAUAGCCACGUAUAUCCACUUAGCACCAUUCAAGUCCAAGAUGCCCAUCUACGGUAUCGAUUCACCAUAUCUCCAAUGCCCCAGCCGAUAUACACCCGAAGCCGGAAUUCCCAGUGCCGCAAAAUUCAUCGUGGAAGCCCUGAUUCGAGUACAACCCGAAGGCGCCUUCCAAAUUGGCGGGUUUUCCGGGGGAGCAAUGCUCGCUUACGAGGUCUGCCGUCAACUCGCAGCAGCGGGACGCAGUGUAGACAGUCUCUUGCUCAUAGACAUGUGUUGUCUACGCCCGGCAGGCUCCCAGUCCAAGUCCGAAAUCGGCUGGAAGAUAUACGAAAGCAUCGCUUCCCAAAGCGGUGGCUGGGACUCCUCGAAGAACACCCAGCAGCACCUCAAAGCAAUCUUCACCAACGUCGCCGCAUACCACCCCGCACCAAUGACAACGGACGAGCGACCCAAACGCACCGCCAUUAUCUUGGCCAAGAAGGGCCUGGUCGAUCGGAUCUCCAGUGAUGUCAGAACGAUGGACUUGCUCGCCAAGCCGAACAUUCCCACCAAAGCGUUCACGGGAUUCAUGAAAGAUGGAAGAAUGGGCGCGAUUGCGUGGGGCUUGCCGCAUAAGACAGAUGCGGACUUGGGUCCUAAUGGGUGGGAGAGAUUUGUUGGGGAGGCGCGAUGUUCCUCAAUCGAUGCUGAUCAUCUUGAGAUGCCGAUGCCGACUCAUGUGCACCUGCUACAGAAGGGAAUGGAAGAGGCGUUUGAAUACUUGAUAUAA